AUGGCAGAGAGGAGGGAGCGCUCCCCCUCCAUGGCCUCCUCCUCAUCCAUCUUCUUCUUCUUCUUCUUCUCCUUCUUCCUCCUCUGGUUUUCCUUCCCCUUGAGAGUCAACUCGCAGGGAUCGCCGGCGGCGGCCGGCGAUUUGGCGGUGCUCUUGCAGAUGAAGGAGGAUUGGGGGAACCCCUCGUCGCUCAGCUCCUGGAAAAGAAACACCUCUCACUGCACUGACUGGGCCGGCGUGGUCUGCUCCGCCGGCGGCGACGUCGUCACGAAGAUCAACCUCCGCAGCUUGGGAAUCAAGGGGAAGGUCCCCGCCGUCGUAUGCGACCUGAGGAAUCUCUCCUCCCUCGACCUUUCCGAUAACUGGAUCGGCGGCGAGUUCCCCCUCUCUCUCUACAACUGCGCCCAACUCCGUAGCCUCAAUCUCUCCGACAACCUGCUCGUCGGCGAGAUCCCCACUGGCCUCGACCGGCUCUCCGGCCUGGAGGUCCUCGACCUCUCCUCCAACAAUUUCUCCGGCGAUGUCCCGCCGGCGGUAGCGAAGAUCCCCAGGCUCCGCCAGCUGUUUCUGGACAACAACCUCUUCAACGGGACCUUCCCGAAGGGGCUCGGUAGCCUGGAGGAGCUGGAAUACCUCUCCCUCGCCGCCAACCCCUUCGUCCCGUCGGAGCUGCCGCCGGAGUUCGGCGACCUGAAGAAGCUCAAGUACCUGUGGGUCUCGAAUGCAAACCUAAUCGGCGGCGUUCCGGUCGCGUUGGGGAGCCUCACCGAGCUCGAGUUCCUCCAGUUAUCGUCGAACAAGCUGACGGGGAAGAUACCCACUUCGAUCUGGGGGCUACCGAAGCUCAAAAACGUCUAUCUUUACAACAACCAGCUCUCCGGCGAGAUCGUCGGCGAGGGGGGGAUAGCUUCCCCGAAUCUGACGGAGGUCGAUCUCUCGAUGAAUCAUUUCACCGGGAAGAUCCCGCCGGAUUUCGGCCGGCAAUCAAACCUGCAGAUUCUGUUUCUCUACAAGAACCAGCUCUCCGGACGGAUUCCCGAGGACAUCGGCAAGAUUCCGGCGAUGAGGGACCUCCGAUUGUUCGAAAACAAUCUGACCGGAGGAAUCCCGCCGGAGAUGGGAAAGUACUCCAAGCUGCUGAAUUUCGAGGUGUGGAGCAACGGGCUUUCCGGGGAGCUGCCGGAAGGCCUCUGCACGGGGGGGGCCCUGGUAGCUCUGAUCGUGCAUGAGAAUAACUUCACCGGAGGACUGCCGGAGUCCCUGGGGAAUUGCCAGCCGUUGCAGGCUCUGCGUCUCUCCGGCAACUCCUUCUCCGGCGAGGUACCCCCCGGGAUUUGGUCUCUGAAGAAUCUCUCCACCGUGAUCAUGACGGGGAACAUGUUCUCCGGGAAGUUGCCGGGGAGGCUGCCGCCGUCGCUGUCAAGGCUGGAGAUCGAGAACAACAGGUUUUCCGGCGAAGUUCCCUCGUCGGCACCAGGGAUGAUGGUGUUCAAGGCGAGUAAUAACUUCUUCUUCGGGGAGAUCACUCCCGACCUCACCGGCAUGACCCUCCUGCAGGAGCUACUUCUCGAGGGAAACCAGAUAUUCGGGAAGAUUCCUGCAGGGAUCAAGGUCCUGAAAUCUCUCACCAAUCUCAUUCUGAGGUCGAAUCAGCUCUCCGGCGAGAUCCCCCGAGAAAUCGGUUCUCUGCCGGUUCUCACAUCCCUGGAUCUCUCCGAGAACCGGCUCUCCGGCGAGAUCCCCAAGGAGCUGGGCAAACUCAAGCUCAACUUCCUCAACCUCUCUGGCAACCAUCUCUCCGGCGAGAUCCCGGCGGCGCUGCAAAACCAGGCGUACGAGAGCAGCUUCCUCUCCAACCCCGGCAUCUGCUCAUCCACCUCCUUCCUCAACUUACCGCCCUGCACCGCCAACUCCGGCGGCGGCUCCGGCAAACUGUCGAAGGGCUUCCUCGCCCUCCUCCUCACCCUCUCCAUCCUCUUCCUCCUGGUCACCCUCCUCCUCGCCUUUCUCCUCGCCAGAGACCGCCGCCGGCGGAGGAAGAACCAGGAAGACCUCGCGGCCUCCUGGAAGCUUACCUCGUUCCAGUCCCUGAACUUCUCCGAAUCCAACAUCCUCCGCGGCGUCGCAGCAGGGAACGUCAUCGGCGGCGGCGGCUCUGGCGAGGUCUACCGGGUCUCCCUCGGCAACCGCGCGGGGGAGGUGGUGGCGGUGAAGAAGCUGCGGAGCAGCGGGAAGAUCGACGCCAAAGCGGAGAAGGAAUUCGCUGCCGAGGUGAAGAUCCUCGGUUCCAUCAGGCACGCCAACAUCGUCAAGCUCCUCUGCUGCAUCUCCGGAGAGGACGCCAAGCUUCUGGUCUACGAGUUCAUGGAGAACGGUAGCCUCGACCAGUGGCUCCAUGGGGGGAGGACGCCGGCGAUGGGCUGGCCGGCGAGGCUGAGCGCCGCCGUUGGGGCGGCACGGGGGCUCUGCUACAUGCACGACGAGUGCUCGCCGGCGAUCGUCCACCGGGACGUCAAGUCCAGCAAUAUCCUCCUCGACUCGGGCUUCCAACCCAAAGUCGCCGACUUCGGCCUCGCCCGCAUCCUGGGGACCGCCGGCGAGCAGGACGCCGGCGGCGGCGGCGCCACCGCCGCUUCCUCCCUGGUGGGCUCCGUGGGGUACAUGGCGCCGGAGUGCGCCUACAGCAGGAAGCUCAACGAGAAGGUGGACGUCUACAGCUUCGGCGUGGUCCUGCUGGAGCUCACCACCGGCCGGAGGGCGCACGACGGCGACGCCAGCGGCGGCUGCCUGGCGGAGAGGGAAUGGCGGCGCUUCCAGGAGGGCGGGGCCGUCGAGGAAGCUCUCGACCCACGCAUCAGGGAGCCCCGCUACCUGGAGGAGAUCGCGGUGGUGUACCAGCUGGGACUCAUCUGCACCGGGACGCUGCCGUCGACGAGGCCGACGAUGCGGGACGUGCUUCAGGUGCUGCUGCGCUGCGAGCAGAAGCACGGGGAUAUGGAGAAGAAGCAACUUCAAGUCCACGGCGGCGACGGGGCGCCGCUGCUGGGGAACGCCGCCAAGACGAAGAGUCACCGGACGAAGCAGCUCCCCGGCGCCGGCGACGAAGAUGAUGAAGACACCGUCCCGGUCUAA